UGGACUGGGAACAUUCGUCUCGCUUUCGUUGUAUUCUUUCGUCACAGUGCGGUGGGAGAUCUGUCGAACCAUUUGCUCUCUCUUUUUUCAUGGCUUCGAGACUUGAAUGCAUUUCCCAUGCAAAGUUUCCCUGCGAACCCGAGCACUGAAGUUAAUUGCGAAUCAACACCCUGAAAGGCCUCCCUUUUCCCGCUUCUCCACUGGAUCUACCACCAAACUGGUCAGCCCGGUGAAUCGACCCCUCUUAGACCGGUUUUCUACCCUGAAAGUGCCACCAUGCUCAGGCUUCGCGAAGGCGGUGCAGUUGAAGCAGAUACAUGCCCAAAUCAUCACAAGCGGCCUACCGCUCCACAAACUAUUUCCGUUCUGCGUCGAGUCCGGCAACAUCGAUUAUGCGAGAAUCGCGUUCGAUCGAGCUCGAGUUCUCUGCAAAUUCGACCGGAAUGCAAUGCUUCAGGCGUAUUCCAAGAGCGCGGUGCCAGAGCGAGCUCUUCUUCUUUUCCGCGAGAUGCUUGCAGUCGGUGACCACGAUUCCGGGCCAGACAAAUACUCGUUCACGUUCUUGAUCGCUGCUUGCUCGCGCUUGGAUCGAUCCUGCAAUUGCCAUUCAAUGGUGGUUAAGAAGGGGUUUGAGCGCGACACCUUUGUGAAGAAUUCACUUGUCAGUAUGUACGUAUCUUUUGGGGCGAUGGAAGAUGCGAGAAAACUGUUUGAUGGAAUGACUGAACCGGGAGACGUGGUUUUAUGGACUACCAUGGUUGGUGGAUACAUGAAAUUUGGGAUGGUGGGUCUCGCACUUGAGUUGUUUGAUGAAAUGCCUGACCCGAAUGAUGUUACUUGGGGUGUUGUCAUAGCGGGUUGUGUUAAAAAUGGGAGAUAUAAGGAUGCUUUAAGUAUUUUCUAUGACAUGUUACAAUGUACAAAUGUCAAGCCAAAUGAAGCAUCCCUGGUUUGCGCCCUUUCUGCUUGUGCUCACUUAGGAGCACUAGACCAAGGCAAGUGGAUUCAUGUUUAUGUUGACAAGAGAGGAGUCAUUUGCAGCUCGAACCUUGCCACAGCACUUAUUGAUAUGUACAUGAAAUGUGGAAGCAUCACGCAUGCACGUAGAGUUUUUAAUAGUGUUUCUUCUAGAAAGGAUCUGCUUUCAUGGACGAGCAUGAUCACGGGGCUAGCAUUGCAUGGACUUGGGAGGGAAGCAGUCGAUCUGUUUCUGCACAUGUUGGAUGUUGGCAUGAAGCCGGAUCAUAUCACACUCAUUGGAGUUCUAAAUGCCUGCAGUCAUUCAGGUUUAGUCGACCAAGGGCGCCAAUUCUUUCAUGGCAUGCAACAAUUAUGGGGCAUUGUGCCUACUGUUGAACAUUACGGUUGCAUUGUUGAUCUUCUUGGACGUGCUGGCUUCAUAGACGAGGCAGUGAACAUUGCUAAGUGUAUGCCUGUAGAGCCCGACAUUGUUAUAUGGAGGGCCUUACUUAGUGCCUGUAGGAUUCAUGGAAAUUUAGCACUAGCCGAAGAAAUAAUGCACCAUGUAGACAGAUGUGAUCCCCUUGAUCAUGGAGGCAGCAAGAUUCUCUUGUCAAGCAUGUAUGCAUCAAGCAACUGCUGGGAUGGGGUUGCCAGAGUCAGGGGCACCAUGUGCAAACAAAGGAUUCAGUUGGUUCCUGGAUGGAGUUCUAUAGAAGUGAAAGGUGUCAUUCAUGAAUUUGUUGCUGGUGAUAGAACCCAUCCUCGAGCUGCAGAUAUCUAUCAGAAGCUGGAUGAGUUAUUUAACAGGCUUCAAGCAGUGGGUUAUAGUCCCAGUACAUUGCGCAUUUCGUUCGAGUUGAGUGAGGAAGAUAAAGAGCAAGCCAUGUAUUGGCACAGUGAGAAACUAGCAGUUGCGUUUGGAUUAUUGAGCACUGAAGAUGGGUUUCCCAUUAGAGUGGUUAAGAAUCUACGAAUUUGUGAAGAUUGUCACUCUGCUAUGAAAGCUAUAUCUAGAGUUUUUGGCAGAGAAAUAAUAGUGAGGGACCGAUCUCGUUUUCAUAACUUCAAACAGGGUAGUUGUUCCUGCAGAGACUACUGGUGAGUACAUUUAGUUAGUGGUGGUAGCAUUCUCAAUUAAAUGGUAGCUCAUUUGUUUCUCCAUUGUUCUUGUACCAAUGGACAUCGGUUUCCUUCUUUGAAAAGGGGAAUGUGACACUCCUUAUGAAAUUUUGGUUCUACUAUAAAAUCUAUAAUCUUUCCCACACUCCUUAUGAAAUUAU